AUGCGUGUCCCUAUUUUCGAAUGGGUAUGUCCGACACGGGCAGCGAGUGUCAUCCUGCUUGGUGUUUCCCAUCUGUCACAUCUUGUCAAUGCCCAGUUCAGCAACUCUACAGGCGGGCAGACAGUUGCCAACACGAUUCUGGUCUUUGCUCGCGAUCAAGCAUCAUCCUACUCGGCAACUUCAGGUCUCAAUGGCUAUGGCAUUCCUUUUGAGCUUCAGCUGGUACCUCAAGCUGGCAUAACUCUUCCAACGCUCAACUCGUCCGCUAUUCAAGGAAACUACGGUGGUUUCAUCAUCCUCGGUGAGGUGUCCUACGACUAUGGUAACAACACCUGGGCCAGUGCUUUAACGGCUGCUCAAUUUGCUACAAUCUAUGCAUACCAAGAAAGUUUUGGUGUGAGGAUGGUCCGUAUCGAUGUCUAUCCUGGGCCCGCUUUUGACGUUGUCCCUACGAUCCCUGGCGCUGGAUGCUGCGGUACUGGCGUUGAACAGCUUCUGAGCAUCACCAACACAAGUGGCUUCCCAUCCGCCAAUCUUGUACAAGGUGCUACCAUCAGUACUCAAGGCAUCUGGCACUACCCAGCAACUAUCACCAACCCAAACACGACUUGGGAAGUUGCAAGUCUCGCGACGAGCUCUGACGGUACCUUCUCUGGACCUAGCACGGCAGCUGUCAUACACCGGGACGGAAGCCGUUUAGAGAUGGUGUGGUUCUCAAGCUGGGCUACGCAAUGGGCAUUAACUUCCAACUACCUCCAGCACGCCUACAUCGCUUGGCUGACUCGUGGUUUGACCGUUGGGUAUCGUCGUAUACACCUGAGUACCCAGGUUGAUGAUGUGCACCUGAAUACAGCACUUUACCAGCCCGCAGAUGCUUUGUUCAGGUUGAGAGCAGCAGAUCUCCAGAACAUUGCGAAUUGGAUGCCACAACUCAACUCAAGACUUCCAUCCGGCUCGAACUACUUCAUGGAGCUUGGCCACAACGGAAACGGAAACAUUGUUGCUGGAAUCACUUACGAAAACAAAACCUUGUGUCAACCCGACCCAGCCAUCAUCUACACUGGGCCCAUGUCCUCGACUUCGCUCGAAUACCAAAAGCCACUCGGCACGGGUACUGAUAUAUGGCCUACAACACCCACAACGUAUCGCUGGAAUAAGACCUGUUCUUUGGUCGACCCUCUGUUCAAGUGGUUGUCGAACCCACAGAACAUGAACGCCNUUGCACAUGUCUCUCACACAUUCACCCAUGAAUCCUUGAACAAUGCAACCUUCAACGACACCUACCGAGAAAUUACCUUUAACCAGGCUUGGGCAAACGUCACUGGAAUCAAUCAAGCCGCGAGGUGGUCACCCAAUGGUCUAAUUCCUCCUGCUAUUACUGGAAUGCACAAUGGCGAUGCAAUCAGAGCGUGGAUGACGAACGGUCUCACCUCUGCAGUCGGCGAUAACACUCGAGCAGUGUUGAUGAACCAACAGAACGAGUUUUGGCCAUUGAUGAGCACCGUAGCCAGCAAUGGAUACGAUGGGCUGCUGAUCAUCCCACGCUGGGCAACAACAAUCUUCUUCAAUUGUGACCUUCCUGACUGUACCACAGCAGAAUGGGUUGCUACUUCUGGUGGCAAAGGCGGUUUUACCCAACUUCUCGCUGAUGCUCUUACAACUAACGUCCGCCAUUUGAUGGGGCUCCAUCACGACCCCUUCAUGUUCCACCAGGCCAAUCUCCGCAACGCAGAUGUCAAUACUACCACCAUCGGUUCCGUCACUGGACAGUUCGCGCUGAUUCAGAUCUGGGUUGAGGUCGUGACCCAAGAAAUGAAACGCUUGACCAACUGGCCCAUCAUUUCUCUUAAACAUGAUGAUAUGGCCGUCGACUUUGCCAACCGCAUGACUCGCGAUCAAUGCAAUUCCAAUCUGACCUACAAGUAUGCUCUUGACGGGAAGACCAUCAUUUCUAUCACUGUGACUGCAAAUGGAAAUGAGUGUGCUGCUCCUAUCCCAGUUACUCUUCCAGUCGGUGCUACGAGCAGUGCUCCUGGGCUUGUCAGGGAGGUGGUUGGGUCUGAACCCUUGGUUAUCUGGGUGCCAUUGACUGGAAGCCCUGUCACGCUGGCUUUGGCUUCGCCGGUAUCAGUCAUGUAG